ACUGCCACUCGGGUGUGUCGGCCGCCACCAUCACAUACUCCUUAAUGACAACACAUUAGGUUUAGCUGGAAGGCUAGCACCUUCCCACCGCCGCCGCCGCACCUCGCGCCACAACACCCAGAGCAGCGCACCUCGACUACCGCAUGAGGGGGGAUGUCUGCAGCCGACUGGUACGCUCACAAAUCGCUCGGAGACGGACUGUUCUGGAUCCAGGAGCGAUUCUACCAGUCGGAGAACCGCGCCAACAUCUGGCUGCUCCGCGGCUCGCACCAGGACGUGGUGAUAGACACCGGGCUCGGCCUGCGGAGCUUACCUGACUACAUCGACGCCAAGGGGCUGCUCGGCAAGGAUCCGCAGCGGAAGAACCCCCUGCUGGCCAUCGCCACCCACGCCCACUUCGACCACUCCGGCGGCCUGCAUCAGUUCCAACAGGUGGGCGUCCACAGCGCGGAGGUCGAUGCGCUGGCCAACGGGGACAACUUCGAGACGGUCACCUGGCUCAGCGACAGGGAGAUCGCCGAGGCUCCCAGUCCAGGAUGGAGGGCGAGGCACUACAAAGUGAAGGCUGUGCAGCCCACGCACAUCCUGCAGGAGGGUGAUGUCAUCAACCUGGGAGACAGACAGCUGACGGUGCUCCACAUGCCUGGUCACUCGCGGGGCAGCAUCUGCCUCCACGACCGUGACAAUAAGCUGCUCUUCAGUGGAGAUGUAGUGUACGAUGGUGCCAUGAUUGACUGGCUGCCCUACAGCCACGUCAGUGACUACAUCGGCAGCUGUGAGCGUCUGGUGGGGCUGGUGGACAGCGAGCAGGUCGAUCAAGUUCUUCCAGGACACUACAACGCCUUUGGUGCGAAGCGGCUCCAUCGGCUCGCGUCCACGUACAUCAGCAGAGCCGGGACGUGCCCGGCAAAGUUCUCCACGUUUGCCUGGAGAACCUUGGCUGGGGUGGCGCUGCGGGCGUUCAACCCACGGAGCGCCUGCUAACAAGAGGGGAUCGUGGAGCUGGAGGCAGCACAAGUGCACAAAAGAAUAUCCUUUGAUAAGAGGGCACAAAAGGGGGUGAUGAGAGGAAAGCAGUAUUUAUCAGUAACUGGAUGUAAUGUUCACUUAUUUAAUCUAGCAGAAGUCAUAUAAUUGCCAAACUUUGUGUAAAAUGCCCAUUUUGGGCUACAUUUAAGUCCAUAAUCAGCAUUAUAUGAAGCAUCCAAUAUAAGCUAUUUAUAAGUGUGAUUCAGUUCUAUUGAUGAAGAUGUAUAUGUUGGUCUGAAUAUUAUUAGGUGUGUUUUUUAUACUUUAAGCAGAUGUGAAGUCUUAAUAGCACAACAGUAAUACAAACCUGCACCACAAACAGAAAGCAAGGAGCUUUGGGACCUCUGCUGAGACAUUUAUGAGUCACUAUGGCCAUAGUAAUUCUCUAUGCAUAUUACAAUGCUCAGUGAAGACUCUACGUCGACUACCUCCUAUGUUUGAGUGCUUUGUACUAUCUAUCAACUACAGCUUAGCCAGUCAAAUAUAAAAAAUAAAACCUUUGUUCUAUCUGCCUGA